AUGUUGGAAAACAAUCCUCAAUCGAAAUCUGAGACUCAAAAAGAAGUGUCCGAACAUGAAAUUGUCGUUCCGGAUAUAAUAAAAAAUAAAGAUUCUUCAUUAGAAACUUUUGAAGAGUUAUCGAUUUCAACGCAUCCACUUAAUAAUGAAGUGGAAUCAGAACCUGGAAUUUUCUGUACAAUUGAUUCUGAUGCGAAUAAUUCCGCAUCUUUCAAUACCGAAAAAAAUAUGGAGCGAAUUAAUCAAACUGAAACAAUAAUGGACGUAACAGGAGACACCACAAUUGACGAAUCGGAAGAUUUCGAUGUCGACGAAGUUUCUAUUGCUUUUCCAACGAAAUCCGAUCUCCUGAAUAUGCCUCCCGCGUGGACAAAGGACGAAUUCUACGAAAGACCUCUGAAAUGCGCUUUUAGAUAUUUAGAAAAAACAUCGUUAGUCAAAGAAGUGAUAUACGAGGAAGAAGAAUUUUAUUAUAUCGAAGACGAACUGUCCGAGCUAUCCGAAAGCGAUGAAUUAGAAACGAGCACUACAAUAAGUGAAGAUGACAAUGACUUUCAUUCCAAUGAAAAAUCUGAUGAGGUCGAUACUGAAACUGACGUAUCGAUAUUCGGUGAUAUAUUUGAAUCCUUACCCGAAAGUGAAUCACCAAUUGAUGUAAAUAUUGAACCAUCCCAUUCAUCAGACAAAGAUGAAAUGAUAACACCUGGCAAUGGCGAGGAAACGAUUCGAGUGAAGAAAUGUAAAGAAGAAAAAAAGCGAGGAAGGAAACAAAGAUCCAACAAAGAAUAA